AAAGAAAGGACUAGCUUUGAGACUGCGGUGGAAAGUAGGAUUUAGAGUUUGCCUGCGUGAACACAUGAGAAAAAGAGGAAAGAGAAUGGGUGAAUCAAAGAAACAUGACAAGGAUUAAAGUAGGACGUGGAGCAACAAACCAUUGGGUUUGUCUCAGCUGUCCUGGGCACAAACGGGAAGAGAGGAAAGACAAGGUAGAGGUACACAGAGGACAGAGGGCUUGCCUGAACAAGAGGCAUAAAAAGAAAGCAUCUAACUGAGGAGGCGUUCUCUCAUUCACCCAAAGAGGAAGGAGGGAGACCAACACCGAGUCAAAUCAGACAGGAAGAGCACGCCAGUGCAGGAGAAAGGGGGGGUUAAGUUUAAAGAAAAUACAAGAAAGAGAAGCGAAAGAUUAACGGUGUGGAGAGAGAGGGAGAGCGAGUGUGUGUAUGUGUAUGUAUGUGUGUGUGUGUGUGUGUGAGAGAGGCUCAGCCGGGGAGAACGAACCGAGGGGGGAAUCUGUAAACAGAGGGAGCGUGACAGAGAGCAGAUAACUGGUGAGUGUUGAGCAACGUGAAGCGGGACAGAGAGAGGCAGAAGGUGAGGGGGCUAGCGGGAUUAGUUAGAAGGAGGGGAGAGGUAUGAGGGGACUCUUGAAGUCACUCUUCUCUUUGGUGAUCACUCUCCUCUGCGUGGGGAGCCUGCUGACCGCUGUCAUCUGGCGCCUGCACGACGACAACAAUGUGCUACCUCACAAACCACCUCCUCAAAAGAAAACUGCACCUCAGCCCUCUGACCUCUGCAAAGGCUGCAAGGAGAUCAUCGACAAAGUAAAAGAGCGUUACUCUCAAACCUGGAAGAAGCAGGAGGACAAUUAUAAAAAAUUCAGAUCUCAGCUGAGCAGCAAGUGCAAUGGUUUUGAAAAGGCAAUCAUUACCCAGGCCAACACUCCAGUGGGAUCAAAGGUUGUGUACGACGGGGAAAAGAAAAGGACCCUCCAGGUGACCCCAGAGAUUUUCAGCACCUUUGCAAAGGAGCAUCCUUUCCCAAAUAAAACUUGGGAUACGUGUGCUGUUGUCGGGAACGGAGGGAUUCUGACUGACAGUGGCUGUGGGAAGAUGAUCGAUUCAGCUCAAUUUGUUAUCAGGUGCAACCUUCCUCCUUUGGAAAACGGCUAUGAGAAACAUGUGGGCAUCAAGACUGACCUUGUGACAGCAAACCCAAGCAUACUCCUAGAGAAGUAUGGGGCACUAAAUGGGCGUCGCCGUCCAUUUGUGGAGAGUCUGCGUAGCUACGGCAACUCCCUGCUGCUCCUUCCCGCCUUCUCCUUCGGACACAACACACCUGUGUGCCUGCGGGCUGUCUACACCAUUGAGGACUUUAAAAGCCCCACCCGGCCCAUUUUCUUCAACCCCAGCUACAUCCAGAGUCUGGCCCUCUUCUGGCGCUCCCAAGGUCUGCGAGCAGUGCGGCUCAGCACCGGCAUAAUCAUGGCUAGCCUUGCGCUGGAACGCUGUGACAAUGUGCAUCUGUACGGGUUCUGGCCGUUCAGUAAUCACCCACAUGGACUCCAUGCCCUGACUAACCACUACUACGAUGACAGACAAGCUAAAACGAAAUUCCACGCCAUGCCGGAGCAUCCUUUCCCAAAUAAAACUUGGGAUACGUGUGCUGUUGUCGGGAACGGAGGGAUUCUGACUGACAGUGGCUGUGGGAAGAUGAUCGAUUCAGCUCAAUUUGUUAUCAGGUGCAACCUUCCUCCUUUGGAAAACGGCUAUGAGAAACAUGUGGGCAUCAAGACUGACCUUGUGACAGCAAACCCAAGCAUACUCCUAGAGAAGUAUGGGGCACUAAAUGGGCGUCGCCGUCCAUUUGUGGAGAGUCUGCGUAGCUACGGCAACUCCCUGCUGCUCCUUCCCGCCUUCUCCUUCGGACACAACACACCUGUGUGCCUGCGGGCUGUCUACACCAUUGAGGACUUUAAAAGCCCCACCCGGCCCAUUUUCUUCAACCCCAGCUACAUCCAGAGUCUGGCCCUCUUCUGGCGCUCCCAAGGUCUGCGAGCAGUGCGGCUCAGCACCGGCAUAAUCAUGGCUAGCCUUGCGCUGGAACGCUGUGACAAUGUGCAUCUGUACGGGUUCUGGCCGUUCAGUAAUCACCCACAUGGACUCCAUGCCCUGACUAACCACUACUACGAUGACAGACAAGCUAAAACGAAAUUCCACGCCAUGCCGGCUGAAUUUGACCUCUUGUUGCGGCUGCACAGUCAGGGGGUGCUCAAGCUUCACCUGGGAGAUUGUCGACCAGGUGAAAAGUAGUUCCCAGACCCAGGGUCAGCUAACAGUAUAGUAGCAAAGUUCCUUCUUGGUAGCUUCACAAUGAAGCCAGUCACACAUGAAGUCUGUUUUUACUGAUGACCCAGAUUAAGUGUGUCCAAGCAUGGCAAAUGACUGGACGUACAGUGAAUGUGGAGUUGGCCCAUCAACAAACAAGACAUUUGCACUGAAAUCAAAAUGGAAUAAUCACAAGACUGUAAACAAACUGCAAACAGUCUUGUGUGUUCAGACUGCAUUCACACUGGUGAAGCCAAAAUUUGCUUUGCUUUUGGUCUGUACACAUUUUUAUAGUGUAUCUGGAACUGUAUUUAUUACCGCAAAUGUUCCAGCUGGAGGGAGUUAUUUUGAUUUAAAUGGAAAUUCCUUUGUGAGGCCUUUGUGAGGGUCUAUAGUGCCUUAUGUUAACCAUGUACUAAUGAACGUUAUAUAACUGAAUGUAUUUUGAAGAAAAUCAAAUACCUCUUUUUCCAUGAAGAUUGUCUGUCUGAUUCUGGCUAAAACACAUUUUAAUGACAGCAGCACACUGAAUGGGAAGAAUCUUUUGACAUUUUAAUUAAAAGCACAUCAGAAAUUGAACCACUGAAAAAUAUUCUGUUGAGAGUAUAGUUGUGUUGAGUGGAAAUGAAUGAUACUGACUAAUACUCACUAGUUAUAAUGCUGGUUGCAGAAGAGAAUUUCUGCUCUCGUUCUCACUGCUGGAUGUGAAACAGACAUGAGUUAAACCUUCUCAAUGACAAGAUCUCAUGUCCCAGAAGAGUUAACUACCAACUAUCAUGGCUGCCCUCAGUGUGCUGUGGUUCUCACAGGACCCUAUUAAGUGAGGCUCAGAGCCAAGAACUAAACAGAGACACACCAGAAAGAAACCGGAAUAAUAAAAGCAGUAAACACAGGCGGUGCGUCCUCACAAAGGUUACUAUGGUGAGCCUGUGUUGCAAUGUGCUACCCAAAUCACAACGGUUUCCAGAGAUGGAUAGGUGCUAUUGUCUAAAUGGCAACAUACACAUAUUGGCACGAUGUUGGUUAUGAAACGAGUACUUUUAGAGUUGAAGGAAAUGCUAAAUCAAUGCAGAUUUAACUAACUCCAGUGUAAGGUGUUGAGGAAUAGACUACGUGUCUUCCGUUUCCCAUUUUUUUAGGGGUAUUGAAAAUUUGGGUGAAAAUUGCAGCCUUUGGGUGAGCUUUCUUUGGAGUCAUUUAUAUUCAACUGUAGUGGGCCUUGUGCAAAUGGAAGUAUUGCCUUUUAAUACUUAGUAAGUCUUAACCGUGAUUUUCGUUACACAGAGAAAUAAUGUAAGUAAGUAAUGGAUAAGCUGUAGAUGACCAAACCUGAGAACUCCCUGUGAGCCAAUUUUAUAAUCAUCUGAAUGUUUCGAUUUUUUUUCACUGUUUUGAGUUUUUUCAUGAAAGGGAAAACGAUGUUAAAGUGAAUCAGUGAAUAAAUAUUCAGAAAAUGUUAUUUGUAUGUAUUCAUUAGCUGUAGUGGAAUUCACUUGUCUAAUCAGGGCCAAAAGCUUGUUCCCAGACGUCUCAGCUUGCAUGAUUAUGUAUCUUUGAGCCUUUAAGUGCCCAAAUCCUGCCAAGAUUUGUCAUAAGAAGGGAGUAUUUCUUACAAACAACACAUUUGGCACAGUUUGUGCUCAGUGUUUCGUUCAUGGCUGGAACACCACAUGAUCCAAUUUUAUUAGCAUAGUUUUGUCUUUUCAUAUGCAUUCUUCUAUUGAUCUCUUAUUUUUGGUUACAUCUAUUAAAGCAUUGUUUUAAGCCAUGA